AUGCGCUUCGAGACCCUCGCCGUUCUUACCCUCGCUAGCCUGGCCACCGCCAACCGCAAGCCCAACCCCUGGGAUCCUCUUGACGUCCGUUCCCUCAAGAAGUGCCAGGCUGGCUGCAUCCAGAGCACCCUCCCCAAGCUCGGCGACGGCAAAUUCGUCAUCCUCCAGACUCCCAACGAGUACUUUUGCGCCUCCCCGGACCUCAAGGAGUGGCUGCGUGACGAGGUCUUUCCCUGCGGUGUCACCGCGUGCGGCCGCAAGGUCAAGCUUUAUGCCAAGCGCGGCAUGAAGUGGCUGCGCAACACCUGCCCCAACCUCACCUUCACCGAGGCCGAGUUCUCCCAGCCCGCUGGCCAGCCUGCUGGUGGUGCCUCUGCUGGCACUCCUGCCGAGCAGCCCGGUGCCGAGCACUCUGGACAGCCCGCUGCCGAACCUGCCGGCGCCGAGGAUCCCGAGGCCGGAGAUGAGAGUCACGACGACAACGAUAACUAG